AUUUAUGUGGGGGGCGUGGCUCAAAAACAGAAAUGGCCGAUGACGAUACGGCAGCAACUGGGCGAGACGGCUUAGAGCCUCAAGGGAAAGAAUCUGCAGCUAGCAAGGAGAGUGUUGCUACUCCUCAAAACUCCACGAACACAGCGGCAGACGAGGGAACCUCUCCCCGAUCCUCGCCGAACCGCAAACCAGUGGGUUUAGACUCGGACGGAAAAGGACCGCAGCGCCGAAAGACAGAUCGCAAGCCUACGCUGAAAACGUGGCUGUUGAAUUCACUGAAAAGGAAAGGGAGACGAAAAGACAACGCUGCCGCGUCUUCUCGUCGCUCGGUCGACCUCGAAACGUCCGAUUUCUCUUUCCACCAGCCUUCGCGAGUCUCUCCAGUGGUAAGGAAGAAAGGGAGUCCUUCACUUGAGCUCCACAAGACCUUCAAGCGACAUUCUUUUGUUGACGUUCAGACUGUCAAGGCUGCUAUUCAAGAGGGUGUAGAUGGUCUUCCAUCAGAAAUAAGAGGUGGCACACCUCUCCACUACUAUGUAUGGACAGACUCUGUCAAGAAGGACAAGACUGACUUCUUGGUCUCUCUUUUGACCACUGCUGAGGUGGAGGUUGACUGUAGGACUGAAGAUGGCAAUACACCCCUACACCUGGCUGUGAAGAAAGGAGACGUGGAGGCAGUGAAAGUCCUGAUAGCGUUGGACUUGGAAGGAUGGGUGUCUGUGGAUUUCACCGACGCACCUCCAGUGGUGGAACGACACGUGUCAGCCAGGAAAGAAGUACGGCUCCAAGAUCUCACCGAUCCUGUCAACAUCACGAUGGAAGAGAAAGCAACUGAAGAAGAACAGAAGGAAGGUUCGUCUUCUUCGUCUGUUCAUCGACAAGUCUCGACCCCCAAGAAUCGGGUACGCUCGUCGACUCUGCAAGAAUAUGAGCUACUUCGUCGUGCAUUUGACGAUACGCUCAACCUCCUCCACGCCACGGGAGCGAUGAGUCGACACAAAUUCCAACAGUCCUCUUCCAAACCAAACUCAAGCUGCAAGGUUCCGUUGAUUGCACUCACCGUAACGAGAAGAAAAACUUUGCAGCCAUCAAUUCAGUUUACACUCUCAGUACCACUCUCUCUGACCCUCCACAGUUGCAAACCCUCAUCUCGACGACCGGUAGCUGACAACACGUGUGCUCACAAGUGCGGAUGC